AUGGUGAACAAAUGUGCUGUUUUUAAUUGUCGAUCUGGCUAUAAAUCUAAAAAAAAUGAAUCUAGUUUUCUUAGUGCAAGUAAAGCUGUUUUUAGUUUUCCUAAAGAUACUGUUUUAGAAGAAAAAUGGAUGAAAUUUGUUAACAGAAAAGAUUGGAAGCCAAGCAAACAUUCAGUUAUAUGCUUGGACUAUUUUGAAAAAAAGUAUUUAAAAUAUGGAAAACGAGUUACCUUAAAAUAUGAGCUAAACCAUGUUCCAACCAUUUAUUCUGAUGAAAUUUCUAUUCCAUCUUCUAUAAUACCUAAAAUUCCUACUUUUCGUAAACCUCCAACUGACCGACAUUCUAUCAUCCUAGAUGAAAUUUAUACAUUUCAAGAAAUGGAUAAAAUAAAAAACAUUGAUAUGCUUCAUGAAUCUAAUUCUCCAAAUGGAUUUAGUUUUCAAAGAUAUGAAAGUUUUGUUUUAUAUUAUUGUUUAUUUUUUGUAGACGCAACUCCAUUUAUUGAAUCAAUACGCAUCGAUAACAAUUUGCACGUAAAGUUACAUUACAAAAUUCUCCAUUUCCACUCCCUAAAUGGUUUAGGACAAUUAACAAUUGUAAGCUUACAAGUUUAUUGA